GAAGAAGAGGACGAACACGUGAUUCGCGCUAACUGGAAGCAAGAUGGCGGUGGCAGUGCGGAGCUUGCAAGACCAGCUAGAAAAAGCCAAGGAAAGUUUGAAGCAUGUGGACGAUAAUAUUCGUAAACUGACCGGACGUGAUCCUAAUGAAUCAAGGCCGGGUCAGAUCCGUCGACUUGGCGGCCCCAUGGCAGGCCCUGGAGGAGGUGGUAGAGGCAGAGGAAUAAACCUGCUCAGACGCAGUCUCUCAGACAUGGGAAGCGGCGGCCCUCCUGCCAAGCAAAGGGACAUCGAAGGAGCCCUGCUAAGGCUGGCAGGGGACCAGAGGGCCAGGAGGGACAUGCGUCACGACAGCGACGACAUUCACGCCCAUGAUGAGUGGGACUGA